UUGCCGAUUGUUCUCUUAGUGUAAUAACCGGCUACAGUAACUUCAAACUGCAGUAAUUCUGCUACUGGUUAGAAGAUAAAAACAAACACCUGCCGUCUGUGGAUAUACCUGCACUAUCAACAUGCAUGUGAUCAAGCGAGAUGGACACCAGGAGAAAGUCAGCUUUGACAAAAUCACAUCUCGCAUCCAGAAGCUUUGCUAUGGACUCAACUCUGACUUUGUGGACCCAGCUCAGAUCACAAUGAAGGUGAUCCAGGGUCUGUACAGUGGGGUCACCACUGUGGAGCUGGACACUCUUGCAGCAGAAACUGCUGCUACUCUCACCACCAAACAUCCUGACUAUGCAAUCCUGGCUGCACGCAUCGCUGUGUCCAACCUGCACAAAGAGACAAAAAAAGUAUUCAGCGAUGUGAUGGAGGAUCUGUACAACUACAUCAAUCCACUGAAUAAACGUCACUCCCCUAUGAUAUCGAAGGAGACACUCGAUAUUAUCCUUGAAAACAAGAAUCGCCUCAACUCUGCCAUCAUUUACGACAGAGACUUUUCUUACAACUUUUUUGGCUUUAAGACCCUUGAAAGGUCAUAUUUGUUGAAGAUUAAUGGCAAAGUUGCUGAGAGGCCCCAGCAUAUGCUGAUGAGGGUGUCUGUUGGGAUUCAUGAAAGAGACAUCGAUGCAGCCAUUGAGACUUACAACCUGCUGUCUGAGAAGUGGUUCACUCAUGCCUCCCCAACACUGUUCAAUGCUGGCACCAACAGACCACAGCUGUCAAGUUGUUUCCUGCUGUCCAUGAAGGAUGAUAGCAUCGAGGGAAUUUAUGACACGCUGAAACAGUGUGCACUCAUCUCCAAAUCAGCAGGAGGUAUUGGACUGGCUGUCAGCUGCAUUAGAGCAACAGGCAGCUAUAUUGCUGGGACUAAUGGUACUUCAAAUGGCCUGGUUCCUAUGCUUCGAGUAUACAACAACACAGCACGCUAUGUUGACCAGGGUGGCAACAAGAGACCCGGUGCGUUCGCUGUCUACAUCGAGCCAUGGCAUUUCGAUGUGUUUGAGUUUUUAGAGUUAAAGAAGAACACGGGUAAAGAAGAACAGAGGGCCAGAGACCUGUUCUUCGCCCUGUGGAUCCCAGACCUCUUUAUGAAACGAGUGGAAAGCAAUGGGGAUUGGUCACUGAUGUGUCCUAGUGAGUGUCCUGGCCUGGAGGAGUGUUGGGGAGAAGAGUUUGAGAAGCUUUAUACUCAAUAUGAGAAGGAAGGCAGGACCAGGCGUGUGGUGAAGGCUCAGCAGCUGUGGUACGCCAUCAUUGAGUCACAGACAGAGACGGGUACGCCGUAUAUGCUCUACAAGGACGCCUGCAAUAGGAAGAGCAACCAGCAGAAUCUGGGAACCAUCAAAUCCAGCAAUCUGUGCACAGAGAUCGUAGAGUACACUAGCAAGGAUGAGGUUGCCGUCUGUAACUUAGCAUCUAUUGCUCUCAACAUGUACGUCACCCCUGAAAGGACCUUCGACUUCAAAAAGCUUGCAUCUGUCACCAAAGUCAUUGUCAGGAACCUGAAUAAGAUUAUUGAUAUUAACUACUACCCAGUGCCAGAGGCUGAAAGGUCAAAUAAGCGUCACAGACCCAUUGGCAUUGGUGUGCAGGGCCUGGCUGAUGCCUUCAUUCUCAUGCGUUUCCCAUUUGAAAGCCAGGAAGCACAGUUACUGAACAUUCAGAUCUUUGAGACAAUCUACUACGCUGCACUAGAGGCCAGCUGUGAACUGGCAGCUGAAGUCGGCCCAUAUGAAACGUACGCUGGUUCUCCAGUCAGCAAAGGAAUCCUUCAGCAUGAUAUGUGGAACAAAACCCCAACAGAUUUGUGGGACUGGGAAGUCUUGAAGCAGAAGAUUGCUAAGCAUGGAGUGAGGAACAGCCUGCUCUUGGCCCCGAUGCCUACAGCUUCCACUGCCCAGAUCCUGGGCAACAACGAGUCCAUUGAGGCUUACACCAGCAACAUUUAUACCCGCAGGGUGCUCUCAGGAGAAUUUCAGAUUGUGAAUCCUCACUUGUUGAAGGAUCUCACAGAAAGGGGACUGUGGAGUGACGAAAUGAAGAACCAGCUAAUUGCUCAGAAUGGGUCCAUCCAGGACAUCGAGGAGAUCCCUGAUGAUCUGAAACAGCUUUAUAAAACCGUGUGGGAAAUCUCCCAAAAAACUGUCAUCAAGAUGGCAGCAGACCGUGGCGCCUACAUUGACCAGAGCCAGUCCCUAAAUAUCCACAUCGCUGAGCCGAACUACGGCAAACUAACCAGCAUGCACUUCUACGGAUGGAAGUUGGGUCUGAAAACUGGCAUGUACUACCUGCGGACAAAGCCUGCUGCCAACCCCAUUCAGUUCACUCUGAAUAAGGAGAAACUAAAGGAGGUUCAGUCUGCAAAAAGCACAGAGGAGGAGACCAAAGAGCGAAACACUGCCGCCAUGGUCUGCUCCUUAGCAAACAGAGACGAGUGCUUGAUGUGUGGUUCCUAAGCACUUUUUACCACUUCCUCGUUAUAACAUUUAGAGCUUCUUCACGGCAGAUAUUUUGUCUUUUUAUAGCAGGAAAAGCACUGGUGUUCCUGAUUUGACAAACCAUGGCUCUGUUUCAUUUAAGUGUGUCUAAAAGCCAUCAUGUACAAAACUGAGACCCUAAAACUGAAGCACCUUCAUGGAAUGCAGCCAUGGUAAAUAAUUUCAGUUCCACCUGUGUGUUAUGCUGUGUUUGCUGUGAAAAAGAUCUAUUGUUCCAAACAUCUGGUGCUCUAAUGCAUAUGUUGUCUCCUGAAGUGUUUUUACAUUCACCAAUGUUUUCUAUUCACAAAGCAUUGCCCUUUUUAUUUAAUAUUUUUGUAUCAUGAAUUGUGGGGUAUGAAUGUUUUGUAUAGAAUUAAUGGGGUACAAUAAAUUAAUACUUAACCUUACUUUUUUAUCAGUA